UAGUACCGGGGGUUGCCAGGUGGCGGACUCGAACUAUCUUUGCUGAUGCCGAACACGCCCCAGGAGCGUCUGGAUAGAAUCACAAACCACCUGGCCGCUGGAUACUCUUCGCCUGGAAGAACAGCAGCAGCAGCGAUGGCAGCAACGGCGAGGCCGCCGAUCACGGCGCAUGCCCUCGACACUUCAACAGGCAAGCCGGCGUGCGGCCUGCCUCUCAAGCUCGAGCAGAAGUCUGGGGGCGGGAGGGGCGGCGGGUACUGGCUUCUUCUAGGGAGCUGUGAGACUAAUGAGGAUGGACGCGCUCCACGGCUCCUAGAUGCGGGACAUAAGCUGAGCAAGGCCACCUACCGCGUGACGUUCGACACCGAGGCCUACUUCGAGACGGCGGGGUCCCGCUGUUUUUACCCGGAGGUGGCGAUCGUGUUCCGCGUGGAAGAGCCCGAGGAGCACUACCACAUCCCCCUCCUUAUCAGCCCCUUUGGCUACUCCACCUACCGAGGGAGCUAGUAGAAAAUAUUUGUAUUUUGUAGUCUCUUGUCGUCCCGCCCCACUAUACUAGUUGGUUAUCGAAGCUUGCCGUUCUCACGGCACCUGUACAAGGGGCGUACGUGUAAGAGAGUGCGACCAUACCGGUGUUCUGGUACAACAGCGAGCCAGUCCAACCUGCAACCGCGCCAUCUCCUUGUAAGGAUGCAUCACCUACUGGCGGUGUGGCCAGAAGGACGACUGCCCCCAGCUGCAGUGGUGAUCUUAACCGCAGCAGGGCGACUUGCAUCUUGCGAGUGGAGUCUGGGUUGACACAUGCAUAGUUUCGUGGAGCGCGGAUGUUGUGUGGAAUGAUUUGCUGGUUGGACGCGUCUUUUCGUUGUAAUAUGUUGCGUCUUUAGCAAGCGGCUUUCUGGUGGCGAAAGCCAUGUAUUCUUCAAUGUUGACUUCGAAGCACGCGCGCACGUGCACUUUUUUCGGGAGGUGGGUUGCCGCUGCUGCACAGCCGAUUUCAAGUCGGAAGCAUUUGAGGGAAAUGUCGUAUUCCGUGGUGUGCGCAGAAUUUUGGGGUUGAACGUACAAGUCACCUACCUGAGGUAGGUUUGGUUUGUACGGUAACUUGCAAAUACGCCUCCACCCACCCUCUCCUGUUGCUUGAUUUUUUUUUUUAUCUUCAGGGAUUGUUUGAUUAUUCCAUGGGCGUGAGUGUGUUGUUUUUGUUUUUGGUACUAUUUCUACUUCAGUUUUGGAGAGGCGAUAGUAUCAGAAAACCAGAGGGCAAUUUUGUUCGGGAUCACAAACUACAAGACAACUAAUUAUCAUUUUCGUGCAUGUGCAGGCAAUAUUUGUUCUGCCAAAUGCCCCCAGUCGUUGUCUUUUGCUAUUUUUGCUAUGUUAGGCCUGCUGAGCAGUACUUUUCUGGUGCCGAUACACGAGAGGUUACACCGCAAGUGUCUGCUCGGGUACCGGCAUUUCGCGUUCGUCUCUGGCAUGGCUGAUGCAAUUUUUCCUUAGCACAUAAGUGGUGAUCCUCUUGCAGCCAUCUGAUGCAAAGAGCUACGAUCUUACCAAUGUUCUGGAACAGCGAUGGGCCAGUCCCUCUCGGGUGCUCCACCUAGCUGGAGACGAGCAAGACGUGAAAUUUUUGCGUGCAGCCCGCAACCGCGCAACCUCUUUGUAAGGCUGCCUUACCUACUAGCGGUGCGGCCAGAAGGACGACUGGCCCAGCUGCAGUGGUGGUCUUCACCGCAGCAGGGCGACUUGGUUGUAUCUUGCGAGUCUGGGUUGAAGUGUACACAGUGUCGUGGAGCGUGGGUGUGUUGGAUGGGAUAGCUUACGAGUUGGACGCGUCUUUUCGUUGAUAUGUACUUCUCUUUUUAUCGUUAGCAAGCGGGUUUUUCUGGUGGCAGAAGUAUUCUUCAGUGUUGGCCUCCAAGCACACACGCCACUUGCAGGUUUAGGUGGGUGAGUUGUCGCGGCUGCACAGCCGAUUUGUCAAGCCGUAAGAAUUGAGAGGAAGGUGGUGUUGUGUGCGCAGUUUGGGUCUUAGCGUACAAGUCGCCGACCUCUGCUAGGUUUGGCAGAAAUGCUGUGAGCGCUGAUUAACGGCGACUAAAAAAUACAGUAACAAUCGGAUGUCUCUGAUCCGUGCACCCGCGGAUGAUGUACGUGAUAUUGAACGCUGUAGGAUGUUUAACGGUUCAAGGGCGAGCCGAAAUGCAGCACUGUGAAGCACGUUUUAAUCUCCUGCGCCAGGGUGAAGACACACGAACGUUUGGCUCC